AUGUGGAGUGAAAACCCCGCCCCUUUACAAGCUAGCCAAUCGGAAGCCCAGUACGGCAAAGGUCACGUGCUCCUUUCUGGCUGUGCCUUUGCCCUGCGAUGCUCGUUUGUCCCUUGUGGCGAUCCGUACUGGAGGCGUCGAGCUGUUUUCUUACUAAGAGGAAGACAGAGGGAUUGUGCCGAUGUGCCGUGUGUUCCGGGUCUGCUUCCCAGGUUCUAUUUCAGUUCAGAAUGUGGCAGAAAAAUGAAAGAACACAGGAAACUUUUUAGUAAUAAAGGAGGUAAUUUGCUGUUGUUGAAACAGUCAUGGGCGACAUCAUUUGGAGUAUUUAGAAAAUUCUUCCAAAAGAGGCAAAAUGUGUUCUUUCGGAAUAGAUGGAGUGUUCUAUCCACUGACUGCGUGAAGAAAAAGAAGAGUAAGUCGCAUUUGCUGAGGAGAAAAGACGUGAAUAUUCAGGAUAGCUGUUGUUGUACAGCAAAAGGAAAGCACUCUUCUAAACGUAAGCCAUUUUACAAGAGGCAUCCAUACAAGAGUGCCUUUGGUAGAGCUUCAUAUGGAUGUACAUGUAGUAGAAGAAUAAACAGAACACAGUGGACCUCAAAACUGCUCAACAAUGUUAAAGGAGAACCAGUGAUUUCAAAAGAAGUAUCAAACAAUGAUUUUUUUAGCAAGAAUAUUUUGACUUUGAAAGUUAAAAAAGGAGUAUGUCAAACCACUGAACAUGAUGAUGGUGACAAUAACCUUGUGAUCUUCAACAGUUUAAAAAAAACGCCUUCUCGUAUUUUAAAGCAAAGAUGCUUUGAUGGCCUGUGGUUGUCAAGAACGUGCAAUUUGUUUUCUAGAGGAAAGGUACCUUUAUUUAUGAUGCAUAAAAAACUUUCUGUGUUUACAGUUCGUGGUAGAGUGCAGCCCCAGAAACUCAGAGCAAGAAACAGAAGCUUUAAAUUAGUGGACAUUAGCCGGCCGUGGAUUCAGAAAGUAUUCUGGAAAGGCUGUAGAAAAUCCCUGAGAAGCAAGGUUUAUAAAGCCAUUUCUUAUUUGAAAUCAAAGAUUCAGAGACCUGUUCAGUAUAUAAGUAGGGCAUUCGAUAUGAACAAUAAGACGUCAGGAGUUUUAUGCGAAAACCAACAAUGUACAUCCAACACCUCACUGAAAGAAAAAGAAGUUUCCAUAUCAUGUCAGGGUGAUGCCGUUGCAGAGACUGAGGAGGGUGAUGAAUUCAUGUUACUGGCCCCUGACAAAUUAAAGUUAGGUGCAAAUGAAAAUGCUGGAUACCAGGAAAACCUUCACAUGGAUGUAGUGGAAAAUGGUGAUGAUUCUUCCCACAUGAAUGCUGAGGAAUCUACAAACUCUGAUGUCUGUAAUACAAAGCUGUUGGAUCACCCUUACUGUAAAAGUCCACCUCCUCAUGGCUCCUCUCUAGGUACAGCGCUAGAGGCAAUGGCUAAACAAGAUGAUGUGAAGAAUGGAAAGAAAAUUAUUAGCAAUGUCCCUGAUGAGCAACUGGCAUCAUUCCUUUCUGGUCUUUUAACUGACAUCAUUAAGAAAUAUGGAAGUUUGGUACCGUUGUCUGAAAAGGACAUACUCACUCAAUUAAAGGAGGCCUUUAACGAAGACUUUUCGAACAGGACAUCCUUCAUCAGCAAGGAGAUAAUGAAGUACCGGGCCAAACAUUCCAAAGCUACUGUGUGCAAUUUCCGAGUCUUCUAUAAUAAGCACAUGCUUGAUAUGGAUGACCUUGCUACCCUAGAUGGACAAAACUGGCUCAAUGAUCAGGUUAUUAACAUGUAUGGUGAACUGAUAAUGGAUGCUGUACCUGAAAAGGUUCAUUUCCUGAAUAGUUUUUUCCACAGACAGCUGGUGACCAAAGGUUAUAAUGGGGUAAAGAGAUGGACUAAAAAGGUGGAUUUUUUCAAAAAGACCAUGCUGUUAAUUCCUAUACACCUAGAAGUCCACUGGUCCCUAAUUACUGUGAACAUCCCUGAUAAAAUAAUUUCAUUUUAUGACUCCCAAGGCAUACACUUUAAGUUUUGUGUGGAGAACAUACGAAAGUAUCUUCUGACAGAAGCAAAAGAGAAGAACCAUCCAGAGUUUCUUCAGGGGUGGCAAACUGCUGUUACAAAGUGUAUUCCACAACAGAAGAAUGACAGUGACUGUGGCGUGUUUGUGCUUCAGUACUGCAAGUGCCUCGCCUUAGAACAGCCUUUUCAGUUUUCCCAAGAAGACAUGCCUCGUGUCAGGAAAAGGAUUUACAAAGAAUUGUGUGAAUGCAGGCUCAUGGAUUGAAAAGCUGCUCUGUUUCCUCAUUUUGAAUACUUCCACAACUUUGAAACAUGACUUUUGAAGGGUGUUUUAUCCCUCCAUUGUUACCUCAGAUGUGUUCUUUUCUUUACAAAUUU